AUACAAAAUAUCCUCUGAAACUUAUGUACAAUAAUCCCAAUUUACUCCAUUUUACCUAUGAUUUUCUACCGCAACUUAUCCCUCAUUGUUCAAAAAUUAAACCUUAUACCCAUUGCAAUUCCUUUAUACCCUGCGUUUUGUUUUGAAAAAAAAUUGUACAAUAACAAUGACGCAGUGUUGUUUAUUCAAAAACAUCACGCGAAAAAAAGCAAAAUUUAAACCUUGAUCACGAAAUCUGAACAAGAAAUGACAAACCAACGAGUAGUUGGUGAAUUAGACGAGAUAGUUUUAAACAUAUUUCAUUUUCUCGAUGGAAACGAGGUGUUAAAAUGCAGCCUAGUUUGCAAACGUUGGCAUAGGAUUGCUAACGAUAACAGUUUAUGGCAAAACUUGGUUUUAAAUCGCUGGCCUUCGCAAAGAGCUGUACUUGGACAGGUUUCGACACUUGCCUUGCACUGGCAAAAGCUUUACAGGUACUUUUGGGAUGGAAUUUGUGAGAAAAACGUUUGAAAUAAUAGCAUUAAACUGGUUGAAAUAUAUUUAUUUUACGACUAAUAUUUUAAUAUUAGGUCUAAAUUAGCGUGACGAAAGUUGCAAUUAGCGGAGGAUUUAAGAGAUUCAUGCUGUUCUCCAAGUGAUGUCCACACCAGACAAGUAGAAAACUACUUGAUCAUGGUGGGAUUUGUACUCAGGUAGAUUAUAUAUAUUGGAUGAUGUUCUCCUAGUAAUGUCCACACCAGACAAGUAGAAAACUACUUGAUCAUGGUGGGAUUUGUACUCAGGUAGAUUAUAUAUAUUGGAUGAUGUUCUCAAAGUGAUGUCCACACCAGGCAAGUAGAAAACUACUUAAUCAUGGUGGAAUUUGUACUCAGGUAGAUAAUAUAUAUUGAAUGAUGUUCUCCAAGCGAUGUCCAAAUCAGACUGAAGUGAUAUUAUAAUUGUACAAUUACAAUAUAUAUAUUGAAUGAACUAUGCCCUGGUAACGACAGCCCCUUCGACACUAAACGACCAUCGGACCAUGGUCAAAUUUACCAUUAAAUUGAAUGUUUUAUAGGUACUUACUCGGAAUCGGAAACUACUCUCCAGAUGACAUGAAGUAUUUUAUAAUCUGUAAACUUGGCGAGAGCUUUCUAGAUUCGGACGAACUCCAGCGAGCCGUAUUUAACGCCAUGGAAGACGUCAACUUGCGGUGGGAAAAGCCACGCUUGUAUGAACUCGAGGAAACUAGCCCGCGAUUCUUUAACAGCAACAUGGAACUGUACUACGACACUCACGACCUAAAAUGGGUGUUCGUAGAUAGACGCAGGGAAUAUGUCGACGACUCUUUUACGAUUCGUUUAAACCAAGACCGCAUGACGAGCCGACAGAUGAGGUUCAUCAGGCCGUACCAAGUUAUGGCGAGUUGCGUUAUGAUGUACAGAUGGUUGACACUGUUCAAAUAUAUGUUCAUGGAGGACGUAGGGCUAGCCUUCUACCGAAUUUGGCGAUUCCGGUUAAAACAUUCCGAAACUGGUUCCAUCUUCGAAACUUACGAUUGGAAAGCGGCAAUGUCGUCGACAUUUUCCCACGGUUGUCCUAUUUCUAUAAAAUUCCGAGACGACGGCUUGACUGUACUUAAUAUGCUCUCGAGCCCAUUUUUUGUAACCCACCCAUUGGGAAAUACAUAUAAGAUAUCCUACGAGAUUCCUUUCCCGGUUUAUUCUGAAUCCGUGUUUUCGUCCGAGAAUGUUUCCCGAAGCUCAAGCAUCGAGACUUUGGAUAACAUCAAGUCCGAACCCAAGGCCACGGAAUUCUUGCCCGCUUUGAAGGCGGGCGAGUUUUCAAUUUCACCUGUUCUCGCACUAAAAGCGGGGGAGUAUUCGGCUAUGCCAACGGUCGCAUCCAAAGGGAUAACCCAGAGUUUCAGUUCGGACACGUUAAGCAGCUACAGCGGCAAGUCCGGUAACGACGAAGACCAAGAGAGCGAGGACAACGGGGACGAUUGCGGUUAUUUUUGCAACUGUGAAUAUUUUAUCCAUCGUAGUUCAUGGGAAUACGAGGAGCAACAAAUGACCCAGGCGGAAGUUGCAACAAAAUGGGAAGCCAUAAUCGACCAUCCGCAGCCGACGUUCGAGUUGGUGUUCGACUCUUACGAGGAGAAAUGGUUGUUCUUUUGCUGCGACCCCAAGAACCUUAAAUGCCCAGAAAAAUUAAACAGACAGGUUAUCGAGAAAAGUUUAGAGUCCGCUAAGAGCAUCCGAGAUGACCCUGAUGAGAAUGAAAUUGCCAGGUCGGCACUAGAAAUUGCAGACUCAGCACAAGAAAAUGCUGACUCGGCACCUACGAUUGCCGAUGCAGCAUCUACAAGCACAUGUAUUGUUACAAAUGAUACUAGUAUCCUCGAUUGCAUAGGUGCGGCCAUUGCAAGCAUGCCAGGGACAAGCGCCGAAGCGGAGCAGACCAAUUUGAGUUUGGGCCAAGAGGCGAUGCCAUCGAGUUUAACUCUAUAUCGAUUGAUUUGCUUGUUCGACUUGGCGUCGCCUCAGUACAAGAGUUCAGAAGAAUGUUGUGUCUGGUCAGUGUGCUUACAGCAUCGCUUGUCAAGAGGAAUUGUACAGCUUAAAGAUCUGAAUGGUACAUAUUAGCAUAUUUUUACCUUUGGGUGUAAAGUAUCACUUUAGAAUACUACCAACACUGGACCACCACGUUUGAGAUAUCUUUCUCAGGUAGUUCAGACACAAACCACAACAGCUUAUUGUAGAAUACUACCUAUACCAAGUUUGAGAUCUCUUUUUCAGGUAGUUCAGACACAAACCACAACAGCUUAUUGUAGAAUACUACCUACACUGGACCACCACGUUUGAGAUAUCUUUUUCAGGUAGUUCACACACAAACCACGACAGCUUAUUGUAGAAUACUACCUACAUUGGACCACCACGUUUGAGAUAUCUUUUUCAGGUAGUUCAGACACAAACCAGGACAGCUUAUUGUAGAAUACUACCUACACUGGACCACCACGUUUGAGAUAUCUUCUUCAGGUAGUUCAGACACAAACCACGACAGCUUAUUGUAGAAUACUACCUACAUUGGACCACCACGUUUGAGAUAUCUUUUUCAGGUAGUUCAGACACAAACCAGGACAGCUUAUUGUAGAAUACUACCUACACUGGACCACCACGUUUGAGAUAUCUUUUUCAGGUAGUUCAGACACAAACCACGACAGCUUAUUGUAGAAUACUACCUACACUGGACCACCACGUUUGAGAUAUCUUUUUCAAGUAGUUUAGACACAAACCACGACAGCUUAUUGUAGAAUACUACCUACACUGGACCACCACGUUUGAGAUAUCUUUUUCAAGUAGUUUAGACACAAACCACGACAGCUUAUUGUAGAAUACUAUCUACACUGGACCGCCACGUUUGAGAUAUCUUUUUCAAGUAGUUCAGACACAAACCACGACAGCUUAUUGUAGAAUACUACGUACCUACACUGGACCACCACAUUUGAGAUAUCUUUUUCAAGUAGUUCACACACAAAGCACGACAGCUUAUUGUAUACUACCUACACUGGACCACCAAGUUUAGGGCGAUUUUGUGAUUUCUUUCAAUUUCUUCCAGGCUGGUUACGUGUGUUCGCGACGUUAAACAGAGAACUACGACUGUAUUGUAGCGACCUUACCGUCAUGUCUUUAAACCAAAACAUUGGAUUCCUAGACGACAAGAAUCUCAGCUGCAGUUCUAAGACCAAACCAGAGGGCCUCUCUUCGACUUCGAGUGACAACCAAAGCGAAGUCUCCUCGGACGGUUCUUCCGAAGACGAGUUUGGAAACCCUUUGGAAAAGUUUAAGAAAGACACGUGUGCUUUAUUACAGCUUUUGGUGAACCAGAAAUUUGCCCAUCCUUAUGGCACCGUGGCCGGCGCUGUAGCUUGAGUAACAACGAGACAUGAGCCCCUACAGACGACUAGCAACUCUUCUUUGACAAGUUUAUCUUCUCGUGUGUACAGUCAGCAAGUUUUCCUUGAGAAGUUGUGUUGUUCUUGUGCAUGCAGGGAAUGUUGUUCAAGUGCCUAUGACACGAAAUUUCACCCCAAAUGUUUAUGAUUGCAUUGUAAAGAUCACUUAAAAUGACUUAAUAAUUUCUUUUGUAGAAUUUUGGUAACAUGCUUCCUUUGUAAGAUAUUCAACUUUGUUCCAUAUGCGAAUAUCACCGGUGUGACAUAUCACAUCGCAUAAUGACAUUUUGAUAACGCAAUAUUUUACCUUUAUAAAAUAUUUUUACAAACAAAUACAGAGGGUUAAUUACCAGUUAUGAAAUUAAUACAUAUACAAGGGCAAUUUUUAAGUUUUUUAGAUACGUAUUUGUCAAGAAACUAUACUUUUCUGAAAACUCAUUAUGUGAUGUGAUGUCACACCGGCGAUAUUUGCAUAUGAAACAAAGUUGAAUAUCCUGAAAAGUGAGCAAGUUACCAAAAUUCUAUAAACGAAAUUAUUAAGUCAUUUUAAUUAAAUGAUCUUUACAAUGCAACCAUAAACCUUUGGGGUGAAAUUUCGUGUCAUGGGCACUUUAAGGUUACUUCACAUGAUGAACGUGCGUUUUAGUCUAUUGAACAUGGCGCAACGAAUUUUAGAUGUAGCUUUACCGAAUUUUUAGUGAAGAAAGUCAAGAAAAUGCUGAUUUCGAAAAUCUUCAUUUGAUGGGUGUUCUGUUUAAACAUGUUCAGUAUUGGCUGACUAAAGAAAUAUAUAGGUAUCCCAUAAAAAAUCAAAAUAUGUUUAUAGUUUACCUCAACGUUUGUCUACAUAUCUCGAUUUGAAUCUUCAAGGGUGCGGUUAAAAAAAAGUGUGCGGAAAAUUUCUCUUCUUCGAUGGUUUUUCUGAUAUGACGUUUUCUUUGACAACUUCGUGCAUAUCAGUGACAAAUCCAAAAAUCAGGGCACAUCAGAAAAAAACACUAAAGAAGAGAAAUUUUCCACACACGUUUUUUUUUACCGUUCCCAUGAAGAUUCGAAUUGCGAUAUCUAGACAAACGUUGAGGUAAACUAUAAACAUAUUUUGAUCUUUUUAUGAAGGUACCUAUAUAUUUCUUCAGUCAGCCAAUACUGAAAAUGUUUUAACUGAACACCCAUCAAAUGAAGAUUUUCGAAAUCAGCAUUUUCUUGGCUUUCUUCACUGAAAAUGUGGUAAAGUUACACCUAAAAUUCGUUGCGCAAUGUCCAAUAGACUAAAACGCACGUUCAUCGUGUGAAGUAACCUUAAUUUUAAACAUCUCACGACGAACAAAUCUUCUUUGUCCAAAAGCUCGCAUGUCUAGCUUUGAAACAAGGCUCCUUUGCAAGUAAAAAUUGUCCAUUUUUUGCCUUAAACAUGAGCGAAUAAAACUUGUCAAGGCAAGGAAAUCUUAUCUUGAGAGCGCUUAUUGUCGAUUUCAGGUAACUUUUCAACACGCUGUUCCCAAGUUCGUUGCGAACUUGCCAAUUACGUUGUCAAGUUCGGAAGUUGGGCGUGAACGUCGCAACGGAAGUUCGCAAGUUCAUUUCAAAGUUAGUCGAACUUUGAUUGUAAAGAAAUGUUCAUAGUUGGAUUUGAAAUUACUGUAUAAGGCCCUAUGCACAUAUUACUGCAGUAAAAUAUUGGUCCAGUGGUCUCCCAAGACGAAAAAUGCCUUUUAAAAUAAAUUUAUAGAUGAAAGUUUUACAUUUGUUUACAAUCGAAGUUCGAACUUUGAAAUGAACUUACGAACUUCGCUGCGAAGUUCCCGCCCAACUUCCGAAUUUGGAAACGUAAUAAAAACAAUAUACAGUUUGUAUCAAAUAAUAUUUAAAAUAAAAUGUAUAUCCAAUUUAAUUUGACGUGUGCCAUUGGUAUAUAAAUUGAUGGUUGACGAAUGAUGUAUAACAAUGAUUAUUUUCGCAAAUUUAUGCCAACGAGUGUAAAUAAAUAUAUCGAUUGAUAAACAGACAAACAAGCAAUAUAAAUUAAACUAAAAAUCUUGUCAAAAAUCUAUUUAAUAAGAUUAAACUAAAUAAUGUGUCAAUGAUACUGGUUUCGCGUUUGUUGGUCGUUUAAAAACGGUCUUAAAUUAAGCUUUUUUACAUAUGACUGUCCACGUAUAUAGCGCUAUUAAGGUCUUAAAUAAAACGAGUUGAAAUAAUACAAUACCCUUCUACAAGCUACAAACUAGAUAUGUCCUAUCAAGACGUGCAAUUGCACGACUUGGUACCGUACAGUUUCAAGUUUUAACACAAACUGUUGAGAACCCAUGGUCCUGUUCUACACACGGAAAAAUCUCACAUCUUGUAGCAGAUCUGCCAACAAGUUGUGUUCGCACUGCUUGUCCCAAGUUGUCGACAAGUUUCGAACAAGCUGUUAACAACUUGUAACAACCUUGUUGAUAUUAUCAGACUUGUUGCAAGGUUGUUCCAACAAGUCCGAUACAGUCAUGAUAUAACAAUAUUGUUACAACCUUGUGUCGUCAACUUUGUUACAUUCUUGUUAUAUCAUGAUUGUAUCAGACUUGUUAGGGGCGGACCAUUAGAAAUCCCGGGAGGUGUGAAAAUUCCCCCAAAAAAAUUCGUGCAAAGAAAAAUGCCUGGAAAAAAAUUCGCGCAGCCAUUACGUCAGAGAAAAAAAAUCGUGCAAGCAAACAACAAAUAGUCUUGAAAAAAAUUCUUGCAGAGGUUAAAUGCAUAAAAAAAAUCCUACAGAGACAUUACUUUCUAAUGGCCCGCCCCUUAGAGCAACCUUGUAACAAGUCUGAUAAUGCCAUCAAGCUUGUUACAAGUUGUUAACAGCUUGUUCCAAACUUGUUCCAACAACUGGGAAGAAGCAGUGCAAACACAACUUGUCGACAGCUUGUGAACAGAUUUGUAACAACUUGUUUGCAGACCUGUAACAACUUGUGCGUUUUUACAUGUGUUCACGCGUAAAAACGCACAAGUUGUAAGAAACCUGCAGCAGACUUGUAGGAAUGCUGUUCCAACAACUUGCCAACAGGAUGUGUUCGCACUGCUUGUUCUCAGCUUGUUGACAAGUUGUCAACGCCUUGUUGGCAACUUGCUACAAGGUUGUCGAGCUCAACAGACUUAUUACAAGUUGUUCAACAACUUGUCAUCGUCCUGCAAUUCAACAAUUUAUCAACAAAUUGCGAGUGACAACCUUGUAGCAACUUGAUAAAUUAACAACAUUUUUACAACUUGUUGACAAGCUCGCUACAAGCCUGUUGCGAACACAUCUUGUUGACAAGUCUAUACAUCUUGCCUCUAUACUAACCAAUCUUGGCAGAAAAUGUUUAAUCACAUGUGAUUCUCUUUAAUCAUACUGGUAUCAAAAUCCCACAUCCAGGAACUGUUGUCAUACUCACAGAUAAAAACUGUCUACUCGCAUGUGAAAUUUCAGAUAUUCAAGUUUCACGCGAGGCAAUCCUGAAUAUCAGAUAUUUGUGGUUCCGUACCAUUCCCAUAGAAACAAGACCAAUGUCUAACAAUCUUAUACUUUACCGAUCCUUUCUUCGACUUUUUUCUUCUCGUAAUAUUUUUUCAUCCUUCGUACCAUCUCUACCGAUUGACUCGCCAGGUAACUCUUCUUCAUUCCCCGAGGAGCUGAACCGCGGAAUUUGACGCGAUAUAUGAAGGUCACUUUGGAACUUGUCAUGCCAUCGCCCACUGGACGAAUUAUGAUACCAGAGAGUUGGUCAUCCGCCCUGGAGUA